UCCGCUCCGCCGGGUGAGCGCGCGCGCGCGCGGCUGGCGGAGAAGCGCUCGGGCCAGCUAGAGGUGAAAGCAAAUCACCCCCAGAGCUACUUGUGAAGGGCUUGGAUGCUGCGGUGAUGGGCAGGUGCCCCAUCGGUGGAUGGAAUGCGCUUGGCUGUAUCACAGCUCCCCCUCGCCAGCGUUAGUUCUCCUCAGUCUUUCUGCAGCACAAAGACACAGCUGUUUCGGAGUUAAAAUGGAAAAGUAUGAGACCCUUGGGCUAGUUGGAGAAGGAAGCUACGGAAUGGUAAUGAAGUGUAGAAAUAAAGACAAUGGAAGAAUAGUCGCCAUCAAGAAGUUUUUGGAAAGUGAGGAUGAUAAAAUGGUUAAAAAAAUUGCCAUGCGAGAAAUCAAGCUACUCAAGCAACUUCGACAUGAAAAUCUGGUGAACCUGCUGGAAGUGUGUAAGAAGAAGAAACGAUGGUAUCUGGUGUUCGAAUUUGUGGAUCACACACUCCUCGACGACCUUGAGCUGUUUCCACAUGGACUAGAUUACAAUAGAGUUCGGAAAUCUUUAUUUCAGAUUAUAAAAGGAAUAGGAUUUUGUCACAGUCACAAUAUAAUACACAGAGACAUUAAACCGGAAAAUAUAUUGGUCUCCCAAUCAGGAGUUGUAAAACUCUGUGAUUUUGGAUUCGCUCGUACUCUGGCAGCCCCUGGUGAAGCUUACACUGACUAUGUGGCAACGCGAUGGUACAGAGCUCCAGAACUUUUGGUUGGCGAUACCAAGUAUGGCAAGGCUGUGGAUGUGUGGGCCAUUGGCUGUCUGGUCACAGAAAUGCUUACAGGAGAGCCCCUGUUUCCUGGCGACUCGGACAUUGACCAGCUGUACCAUAUCAUGAAAUGUCUGGGCAACUUAACUCCACGCCAUCAAGAGCUGUUCUAUAAAAAUCCACUCUUUGCUGGAGUGAGGUUGCCAGAGGUCAAGGAGGCCGAACCUCUUGAAAGACGGUAUCCCAAGCUCUCUGCGGCAGUGUUGGAUUUAGCCAAGAAAUGCUUGCAGGUCGAUCCGGACAAAAGGCCAUCCUGUGCUGAGCUACUGCAGUGCGAUUUCUUUAACAAAGAUGGAUUUGCGGAAAGAUUUACUCAGGAGCUUAGGUUAAAGGUUCAGAAAGAUGCCAGGGACCAUCCUUUGCCAAAAAAAUCAAAAAUUAGCAAAAAGGACAAAGACGAUUCUUUAGGAGAAGAAAGAAAAAUGCUUGAUAUCCAGGACUUCAACAUUGAUCCAAAGAUCAAAGAUUCUAAACUGUUCAAGGUGAAAUUAUCCAAAGCUGAGGUGGAGAAAGCUGACAGAUCUUCCAAUAUGAGCUCCCUGUAUGACAGUGGAACCAGUCAGUUCAAAACAGUCCCUCCGACAAGCAUGAAAGACUCCAGCAGCAGCUUGGAUUACAUAAAGAACCCAGGCAUGGUUAUUCCUCCCAUUAUCCCGAACCUUGCCACCAUCACGCCCAAUAUAAGUGUUAACUCUGGGAUGGGAACUAUUCCUGGAACCCAUAAUUACAGAGUUGAUGAGAAGACUAAAAAAUACUUAACCCCUUUUAUAAAGCAAGGGAAACAUUCACCAGCAGGGCAUUACAAUGUCAGCUUUGGCACAUCGGUCUCAAAUGAAAAGAACGUUCUUCAGGCAAACAAGAAAAGAUGGGAAUUCUCCAAGACAGAUGUGCGUUUGCCUGAGCUAAACUAUAACCAUCUCCCUGAACUCAAAGGAGUGGACGCUCGAAAUUCCAGAUUUGUCAAAAAGGAGAACAAAACAGUCUCAGAGUCUCGCAUUCCAUCCCUUGCCACCAUCGAUCUUCACAACCCGAGCCUGGCUUUGCAACAGAUAUCGGGAACAUCACUGCCAGAUGCUUCAGAAGCCAGCUUCCCUCGAGUAGAACACUAGCCCGGAGAAGAACUGAGGGAUUGGGUACUUUUUGCCUCUGAAGCGUAUGUAUUACUUUCUGCAGCUUAGCCUCUUGUUGCCUUUCAAAAAGAACACUUGACAAGGGCGGAUACCUUUUGUGGGUUUACUGAAGAGAGAGCCUUCCGAUGUUCAAUAUCGCCGUUUGCAGCAUACUCGUGUUUAGAACGUAUUUGUGCUGCUGCCGAGCAGGGAAGACCAGUGCAUGAUUUUGUGAAUGGGUCCCUUUUCCUGUAUCGUGCUGUGUAGUUCCAUGCAUAUGUAUCUUGAUCCUAAGUGGAUUUUUUUUGUGUGAAACUGACCUGAGGUGUUCGGCAUUAGAGACGGGGAUGGAAUGCAUUAUGGAAUUGUGUGUGUCUUCUGAAAAGAUGGUUACCCAACAGUGAAACUAAGUCAGUGUGUUAGGAUACUGAUCAUCUCCUGUUGUGGGGAGAAGAGCUGUACCCAGAGAUGGAUGAGGUUUUGUGGGGCCCUGGGCCAGAGUAAGUGUGGGCCUCUCCCCACCACUUCUGCAUGCAGUCCCCUUCUUCCCCUGGCACGCCUGCCAGGGAAAUGGGGUUAGAGCGAGUGGGGCUCCUGCUGGGGGUGGGGUCGGGGCGUGGGGCCUCCCCCGCUCCCUGGCGGGAGCACCUGGCAGGCAGAGCGUGAUCAGGGUGCAUGCCCAUUUUUCCGGGGGCCCCUGGGCAUGGGCCCUGUUGGCCCAGUGGCUAAUCCACCACUGGUGGUACCAAGGUCAUCCAAUACAGUUAUCUUGUAGUAAACUAUUUUUCUUUAAAAAAACAACAACAAAAAACAUCUUUAUGGUCAGUUGAGAGCCCCAGGUCUCAGUGAGAGAGCGCAGGGUUACCAAGAUUUAUGAGCCAAGAAAAGAUGGUAACUCCUACCCUUUAACCUUUUUAAAGAAAAAAGAGAGCUGGCAAAUUUAACAGACCCAAAAGAGAGUGACGUAUGGGAAACUUAGAUAACGGAAGAAAAAAUUCACUGAGACUACACGUUAAAGACACACUGUCACCAUAAAAAUUGUCAAUGGAAAAUGUAUCAAUAUGCUAUCAAUAACGCUUACAUUUAAAAGUUAAAACUGAAUGAAUUUUAAAAAUCUAAUAUACUUUUUGCCAUGUGUUUACUAUUGUCAUUUCACUAAUUUUGGGUAGUGAAACUUAAACUGCUCACUUUCCGUGACUGGUUCCCAGGCUCUGGCAUAGAGCUGAUGUAUUUGGAUUUCCAACACUACAGGGGACUGUUUAAAUUUUAAUAAAUCAUGUUUUUGUGAAAUCUUUACAAAUCAUCAGUACAGACGUACUCGUGUUGUGGUUUUUUGUGACACCCUGUUUAAUAUGAAAUACUAAUUUUGGUCCUAAACUACAGACAACAUCACUAAAAUAUCAGAACCGUUUGAAGAUAAAUAUUUGUGCAUUGCCUGCAUAUCCUCAUCUGUGUACCUCACCCCUGGCAGCAUCCUCCUGCAAAUACUGACCCUGCUCCUGAACCGGAUUCAGUUGUUGGGAAGGGCUAAGGGAUUACUGUAUAUAAAAUCCACUUCAGGGAUUGUUACCAUCCGAAAUCAAUUAAAUCAAGAGAUGUCUCCAGCAUUUAUAUUGAGAAUUUUUGAAUGGUCUAGGAUUCUGUAGCAUUAGUGACUAUCAAUUGUUGAAAUGGAUCUGAUAGCUGCUUAAAGAAACACCGUCAAGUUGAAAUCUCGUCAGUUAAAGGAAGUGCAUUAAAACUGGUUUCUGGUGUUUCAACUCUACCAGUUGUUGUUUUACAGUCACAUUUUCCUGUUUGUGGGUUGUGUGUGUAGGUUAUUUUUGUGGGGUGUUUUUUUUUUUUCCAUAACUUCCCUCUUGCCAAAGAAAAGACUUACACAAACAGGGGGAACUGACUGACUUUGCAGAGCGAAUGGUAACACUGAUUAUAUACACACAGUGCUAUCAAAUGCACAAAGUAAAUAAACUGCAAAAAGGAAGAAAUCGUGUUUGCUGACUUCUUUCAGUUAUAACAACUUUUUUAUAGGUUACUUUUCUAACUGGGCUACAGUGGGAACUGCUGGGGGCUUGGCACUCUUGAAAAGCCUGUUACUUGUUUAGGAGCCUAAGUAAGGAAUUAGCCUAUUUUCUUAAGUUGGUGUCUUUAUAAAGUCCUCCCCAUAGUCAUGGAUACAAACUAUUAAGACAGAAGCAUGACUUUUAAAUAGGUGUCUAUCUUUUUUUCCGGGGCGGGGCUUGUUUUUUUACUUUGCAUUAUGACACAAUUUCCUGCCAUUCUUGGUUUGUUUGUUUUAAACUCUGAAGUCCUAGGUGCAUUUUUGAAAUACUCUCUCAAUGUAAAGGAUGUGUGCAGGUUUCUGUCCAAAAGGAAAAUGUAUUUCCUAUUUUGAGAAAAAGAAAGAUGGU